AUGCCCGCCACCGACGAUGUUGCUUAUGGAGUCUUGCUGUCCCCUUCCAAACGUCAUUCGAAAGGCGUCGAUGGUGUGGAGGAUGCGGUGACAAAUGAUGAUAAUGAUCAACCCAGACCUAUUACGACUACCCCGGCCCACAUUCCAUCAAUGAGCAGUAGUAGUAGUAGUGAUGAUGUUGACGACCACGAGGACGAUGGCAAGAGCAGUAGUUUGGAUUAUCAGCUAAAGAAAAAAGAGAAACGCAUUCAAUCUCUGGAACAACAAUGUGCCGAGAUGGAAUUGAAAUGCAAAGCCGUAAUUGAAAAUGCCAAGGACGAACAGCGUGAAAUGGAGUCGACCAUUCAUCUUUUGCAAACCAUGUUGGACGAUGCCACAAGAACAACAAAAGCUGAGAAGCCGGUUGUCGUCACUCCACAGAUAAAUGCAUCGACGAGUGGUGCUUCCUCGUCGUUCUCCCCCAACAUGGAGGCCUUGCUACGGAAAAACGACGACCUCAAGUUCAAGAUUCAGCAACUGAAGGAUGACAAGACCGAACUGAAUACCCGAUUGAAAAUUGCCACGGCCGACGCCCAGGAUGCCGAGAUGAAACUACAGAGGACUUUGGACGAACAGGACAAUGCCAUGGACGGCGUCGACCAGGAACGGAUAUGGAUGUCUACCCAAUUGUCCAAUUCCGAGCAACAAAUCCUCAAAUUGCAGAAUGAGAAUAUUUUCUUACUCAACCAAGUGCAAGAAGAAAAGGAUAAACGGGAACAAAUGAUGGUACGACACUUUGAGGAAAUCGAGCGAGUACGACGAGAGCAACUGCCAGCUGCUGCAGCAGCGAUGGAACAAGGAGGGAAACAACAACAAGAACAACAGCAACAGCAACAACAGCAACAGCAACAACAACAACAACAACAGCAACAGCAACAGCAACAGCAACAGCAACAGCAACAACAACAGCAACAACAACAACAACAACAACAAAAUCACGAUCGGAAACCAAAGCGAUCACUUUUUGGUCUCAGGAGUAAAGCCAAGAAAGCAGAAGCUGAGAGGAGUAAAGAACUUGCAUUUGGUACCGCCAAGGCCUACUUUGCGCACCAAAAACAGAAACAACAAGAGCAAGAGAACCUCAGCCAGUCCUUGAAACGCGAACCGUUAUCCUCCCCCUUAAAGCCAUCUACCACCACUAGUGCUGGAUCAUGCAAAAGCAGCAGCAAGGACCAAGCGGAAUUGCUGGCCAAGCACAUUCUGGAAAAACAGGAACCCAGGUUCUCCAGACCCACCAAAUCCUUAAAGGUACCGCUCACGCUGGUGGAUGAAAUCAAAUUGGAAACGGUACAGCAGGAACAGAAAAAGGCCUUGAACGGCAUUCUCAAGAGCAGCGGGGAAACUCAAUAA